AGGCCCAGAGUCUUCAAACACUACUCAUCGGUUAAUCGGCAGAUCGUCCAGUAAUUGGAACCUUCCACCUGCUUUGACCAAAACAUCUUACUUCACUUUUUUGCUUCAUAUGUGGGAAGCCAUCACUUCUUCUUCUUGGCUUCCACCUUCGUUUUGGAGGCGGAGCCUCAGUGUGGAUUUUAAUUUGCUUAACAUCAGCCCCAAGUCAAUUAAAGCAGAUUGCUGAUGUUUCUGUGCAGAAUCUACAUCUCGUUGACCCACAUGGUCUUGUAACAUUGACUUUUAAGCUGUCUCAUUUAAAGGAAGCAUUGCACUUGCCUGGUAACCUCCUGAACAUAUAAUCCACAGCUACAGGGUACUUACUUCCAAGACAAAGUCAUGGCAGAAAAUGAGGAUUGUUCAUCCAUCAACGAAGAUAUUGAAAAGUACUAUCUCACGUCCAUGUACAGCAUUGAGUUCAUUGUGGGACUCAUUGGGAAUGUUACUGUGAUAAGUGGUUACAUCUUUUGCCUGAAGAAAUGGAAAUGCAGUAACAUCUACCUCUUCUUCCUCUCCAUCACCGACCUGUUAUUUAUAUGCACACUUCCCAUGUUUGUAAUCCAGUACUCAAACGACAGCGAGUGGUUCUACAGCGAACUUUCCUGCAAGUUUAGUCGGUACUUCCUCAACUCCAACCUGUACCUGAGUGUUCUCUACCUCACCUGCAUUAGCAUCGACCGGUACCUGUUGGUGCAGAACCCAACAAAACUUCACUGGUUCCAAAGAAAGAAGACGGCAGUCAUGAUCUGCUUCAUCUUGUGGUUCAUUGUCAGCUUGGAGUUGAUACCCAUGUUCACUUUCAUUGGGCCAAAAAACAUUACGGACAACGAUGAGCAGAUCAUAGUCUGCAUCGACUACGCCAGUUCGGGGGAUGCCAAGGACAGUAUGAUUUACAGCAUGUUCCUCACCAUUGUGGAUUUCAUCCUCCCACUCUGCGUGAUGGGCUUCUGCUGCAUUCAAACAGCGACGAGCUUAAAGAAAAUCAGUGCCAAGCACCGCAGGAACAUUAAGCUGAAUAAGCCCCAUCGCCUGGUUAUAAUGGCACUGGUCAUUUUCACGGUACUCUUCACCCCGUACCACAUCAUGCGAAACGUCCGCAUUGCCUCCAGGAUGAACAGAAACCAGACCUACUGUGUCCGCAAAGGCGUGAAGGCAGCCUACGCCAUCACAAGGCCCAUUGCCUACCUAAGUUCGGCCAUUAACCCCAUCUUCUACUUCCUGCUCGGUGACCGAUUCAGAGAGAUUCUCCUCAGGAAAUUGCCAUUCAUCGGGCCAAAACUGAUAUCUUUGCAGUCUUCAACAGCAAGCACUAUUCAGUAAGGGGGUCUUUCCCUCAGACUCGUCAGGAAUAAAAUAUUUUACCAAUUAAUUCCCAAACCUUUUUGCUUUGACCUCUGCCGGAGUCGGACUUGGAUGUUAAUUCUCCAUGCUUUCCCUUUACAUCUCAUGCUACCUCAACAAGGCCACCAGCAUAAUCAAAGACGAGUGGCACCCGUCGGGCAAAAGGUAUAGAGGUGUGAAAACGCACAACUCCAGAUUCAGGGGCAGUUUCUUCCUGGCUGUUAUUAGGCAACCGAACCAUCCAAACAACAACGAGAGGGCAGUCCUGAACUGCUAUUUAUCUCAUUGGAGACCUUCGGACUAUCUUUGAUCAGACCUUACUGGCUUUAUCUUGCACUAAAUGUUAUUCACAUUAUUCCCUUUAUCAUGUACUGUACCUUGUGCAUGGCUUGAUUGUAAUAAUGUAUUGUCUUUCUGCUGGCUGGUUAGCACAUAACAAAAGCUUUUCACUGUACAUGACAAUAAACGGAGCUAGACUAAACUACAUACCAUUUUCUUGACUUAUUAGUAAUUGUAAUGCACUAUGACUGAGAUGCUUGUUCAAUUGUAUUGUAUUCCCCCCACCCCCCUGAUGAUCAUCCAUCUAAGUGUUGACCAGGCUUAAGUCAGCUCAAGAUUAAACGAAACUGCAGAUGCAGGAAAUCUGAAAUAAAAUCAGACCAUGCCAGAAACACUCAGCAGGUCAGGAAGAAUCUGUGGAAAGAGCGAAUGAGCUCACGGUUUUGUGUUAAAGAGCCUUCAUCAGAACUGGGAAAGGAAAUACGAAGUUGGUUUUAAGUUGCAGAAAGGAUGAGAGGAUGGGAGAGGGAUGUGGAGAUAAAAGGGAAUUUCACUGGGGGAGUGAGGUCAUAGAGUUGUACAGCAUGGAAACAGACCCUUUGACCCAACUCAUCCUUUCCAACCAAGAUGCCUCAUCUAAGCUAAUCCCAUUUAUCCAUGUUUGGCACAUAUUUCGUGAGAUCUUUCCAACACAUGUUCCUGUUCAAACAUCUUUUAACAUAAAUGUAUCUAGACACAAGAAACUGCAGAUGCUAGACACAAGAAUCCUGCAUAGAAUAUAUAGUGCUGGAGUAACUCAGCAGAUCAGGCAGCAUCUCAGGAAAAUAUGUAUAGGCAACGUUUCAGACUCCGAAGAAGGGUCCCGUUCCAAAACGAUGUCUGUCCAUUCCUCCAGAGCUGCUGCCUGACCGGCUAAGUAACUCCAGACUGUGUUCUCCUCUACAUAAAAUCUUUCUUCUAGAUGAGAUUAUUUGUAAUGCACUUAAGAGUGAAUAGCUGAUUUUCCCAUUUACUCAGCUGUUAGACAGUAUUCCUUAACAAAGGGGAAAAAGUAUACAUUGAAUUAAAAUCAUUCAUCAUCACUUGUACCAUGUGAUUUUGUUAUUGUGAUAUUUAACCUGUAUGAGGAGACAUUUUAUAUUGAUACUAAAUUUAAAUUAGUUUCAGUAUAUCGUACACUAUCUCUAUCUUUCAUUCCAAGACUCGCAAUAUGAUAUAAUGUUCCGAUAAAAUAUUGUGAAACUGCAAAUUUUUCUCCAAUGAUGCCUGAAAAGCUUAGGCACAAAUGGCUGGAGUAACGCUGCAUCUCUGGAGGAAAGGAUUAGGUGAUGUUUCGGUCAGUUGGAGGCGCUGCGAGUCGGCUGCCCUGCCAGCAGCGUGUUCGUUAUUUCGACUAGUUUUUGGGUUUUUUUGAUAUGUCCAAAUGUUUGUUUUAGUGUCUCUCGGUGUGUCUUGUGUGGGAGGUGGUGGAGGGGAAAAGGGGGAAACCGUUUUUCCGUCGCUUCCUCGACGGAGAGGCAACUUUUUUCGUGUUGCUUCUCAGCCUCCCCUCUCACGGCCUGGCAGCUUGGAUUGGAGCGGCCUUUCCCAGAGUCGUGCCCGGAGAUUCAGCAAAGGACAAAGAACAAAGGACAAAGGGCAUUUAUUUGUCAUGUACACCAAUUGGUGUAGUGAAAUUUGUCUUGCCAUGCAGCACACAGAUAAAGAUAAGACACAACAUUAAAGAAUUGAACAAUAAACAUAAAAAACAUCCCCCCACAAUGGUUCCCAUUAUGAGGGAAGGCACAAUGUCCAGUCCCCAUCCCCAUGUCCUCCCAUAGUCGGGCCUAUUGAGGCCUCCGCAGUCGCCGCUACGGGGGCCGAUGCUACAGGCCCUUCUUCGUUAGGUGACGGUGCUCCGGCAUUGGGAGAACUUUCUCAGCGGCAUGGGGCACCUGGAAUGGCCGCUUCCUUACUCGAGGCUGCGGGCGCAAUGUGGACUUUUCCAUCGUGGAGUGGGUGACCCUUGCCGGGGGUCACCAGAAAGGAAUGCUCCGAUCGCUGGCCUGGUGACUUUGGGGCUGUGGUCUGCGGAGCUUCUAGCUGCGGGCAUGGCAUGGGCUUUCCAUCCGGAGCCUGGGAUCCCGUGCCGGGGAUCGCCAGAGAGGAGCUCCGAUCGCCGGCCUGUGGCCUAAGACAUCCUGAAGCCGCGGUCUCCGGUGGGAGGAUGGCCGAUUCGGGAGCUCCAAGCCAACGUCGGAGUUUCAAUCAUCCUGACGAGAGGGCCUGUACAUCCGGUCGUCAGUAGUGGUGACUACGGAGGGUUCAUGGCCCCGACCACGGAUGAUCAGGGAGGAUGACUGACUGAACUUUGUUGCAUUCCACCACAGUGGAGAAUGUUGUGGUGGAUGUUUGUGUUGAAUUCUAUUGUGUGCUGUGUGUUCUUAGUUUCAAUUGUAUCACUGCAUGGCAAAUUCAUUUCACUGUGCCUUAAUGGGUGCAUGUGAUGAAUACAUUUGUAUUGUAUAGGGUGAUUUCACCAAAGGUCAAAUGAGCGUAGACCCCCCCUCACGUGACCAAAAUUUUUAACUGGAGGACAUAUGUCAGAUCGGUACAUGUUAGUGAAUGGGGAAACACGCACUUUCCCACCCGUUAAAAACAUGGAAAACGGCCAAAUUUUGAGCUGAAAUUUUCUGUGCUAGUCGGGGUGACCGUGAGGCACAGCGACCUAAAUUUUCAGGCAAAAAAAAAGAUAGAAAGUAAGGUAAUUACAAGAGGGAACUGAAGGUAGAAAACAGCGGAAGUGAACAGCUGACAUUUGCCGUGGCGAUUUUAAGAUCCAAAAUAUCGGGAAUUAUCGCGUUUGCUCGCUGAAUUUCAUCAAAAGUAAGUUAAUAAUGCCUUACUUUUGAUGAAAUUCAGCGAGCAAACGCGAUAAUUCCCUAUAUUUUGGAUCUUAAAAUCGCCACGGCAAAUGUCCGCUGUUCACUUCCGCUGUUUUUCUACCUUCAGUUCCCUCUUGUAAUUACCUUACUUUCUAUCUUUUUUUUUGCCUGAAAAUUUAGGUUGCUGUGCUUCACGGUCACCCCGACUAGCACAGAAAAUUUCAGCUCAAAAUUCGGCCGUUUUCCAUGUUUUUAACGGGUGGGAAAGUGCGUGUUUCCCCAUUCACUAACAUGUACCGAUCUGACAUAUGUCCUCCAGUUAAAAUUUUCGGUCACGUGAGGGGGGAUCUACGCUCAUUUGACCUUUGGUGAAAUCACCCUAUUCUAUUGGAUUGUAUUGGAUUGGAUUGGAUUGUACUAGAUCCAUCUUCAGACCCAAAACGUCACCUAUUCCAGGGAUGCUGCCUGAGCCGCUGAGUUACUCCAGCUCUUUCUGUCUAUCUUCGGUUUAAACCAGCAUCUGAAGUUCCUUCCUACACAAGCUGAGAUGUUAUAGUGAUUUGUUUUGAUUUCAAGGUUCCUGCAUUUGGUAUUUUGUUUUAUCGUUAUUUAGGGGAAAACUCUGUUCUUGAGAUGCCCCUGGCCACAACAAUUUGGAUUUAACAAAGCAUAGAAGAAUAGAUUAGGUGAAUGCACAGAGUCUUCUACCCAGAGUAAAGUUAUAGAGUCAUAGAAAACAGAAAUAGGCCCUUCAUCCCAACACCGUCCAUGCCAACCAAGAUGCUCCAUCUACGCAUUCCAUUUGCCUGCAUCUGGGUCCAUAUCCCUCUAACCUUUUCCUACCCAUGUACCUGUCCAACCAAAGCAAUCUAAAAGUAGAGGUCAUUGGUGAGAAGAGAAUGAUUUAAUACGAACCUGAGGGGCAACCUUUUUUUUCAGAUGGUGAUGGGUGUAUGGAAUGAGCUGCAGAGGAUUUAGUUGAGGCGUGCACUAUAAUAACAUUUAAAAGACACUUGGACAGGUACAUGGAUAGAAAGGGUUUAGAAUUAUAUGAAUCAAACGUGGGCAAAUGGGACUAGAGUGGAUAGGGCAUCUUGGCUGGCUGCAUGUCUUUGGUGUGUGGGUGGAGACCGGAGCACCUGGAGAAAAUCCACGCUGGGCACGGGAGGAACAUACAAACUCCAUACAGACAACACCCAUAGUCAGGAUCGACCCGGGACUUUACCUAAAACUUCCUCUGCACCACCAUGCAGCCCACAACAUUUAAAAAGCAUUCAGAUAGGUACAUGCACAGGAUAGGUUUAGAGGGUUAUGGGCCAAGAUUGGAAAGGUGGAUCCAGUGUAGAUGGGGCCUAUUGGUCAGCGUGUGCAAAUUGGGCCGAAGUAUCUGCUUCCAGACUGUUUGACUUUGACUCUAAUUAACCUUACAGGGAAACACCGCCACCUGCAGGUUCCAGUUCAGGUUGCAUGCCAUUUGCUUUGUCAUCUAUCACCGUGUUGCUUCUUUGUUACAGCUAUAGUACUUAGUUUAAUUUAAUUUGAAGAAACAGCAUGGUGAUGGCGGCAGACACGAUAGUGGCAUUUUAUACACUCUGGAUAGGCACAUGGAUAUGCAGGGAAUGGAGGGAUACACUGGUACUUCUACAGGUGCACAGUAGAGGGCAUAUUAACUGGUUGCAUCAUGGCCUGGUACGGCAACUUCAAUGCCCAGGAAUGAAGAAGACUGCAAAAAGUGUUGAGCACUGCCCAGUCCAUCAUAGGGUACUGACCUCCCACCAUUGAAGGGAUUUGCAGGAGUCGCUGCCUCAGAGGCUCACGCCACCCUGGCCACACACUCAUUUCACUCCUGCCAUCGGGAAGAAGAUAUAGGAGCCUGAAAACUGGAAAGUCCAGGUUCAGAAAAAGCUUUUUCCCUACAGCCUUCAGGUUACUAAAUACUACAUCCUCCAAAUUAGCUCAGAACUACAUAGAAUUGUGACCAAUGGUUUUGUCUUUUUGCACUAUUAAUGUUUGUUUUGUUUUAUGUGUGUAUGUAUGCAUGGAUAUAUCUCUAUAAUUAUAAAACACUAAUCUUGGAUGUAAGUGUGCGUGUGUAAGUGUGCGUGUGUGUGUGUGUAU